CUCAGACAGACCCUCCCCACUCGUGUGCUCUGCUCUCUUGCGCUACCAGCUAACUAGGUGGGCAGCUCAGCUAGUCAGCUUCGGGGGCACUCCAUCUCUGAUCUCUCCAUGUCCCUCAUCACCGAUGACCCCGACCGCUCCCCGCGGGACUGCGCCACCAAGCGCCACCACCACCACCACUCCGGUGGCUGGCGACAGCGACGGCUGCUGAUCGCGGCGGCGUCGGGCGCGGCGUCACUGCUGGCACUGUGCAUCAUCCUCUGGCUCACCCUCCGCCCCUCAGCUCCGCGCUUCACGCUGCUAGCCGCCACCGCAACCUCCUCCAACGCAAGCACCGGAGGCGGCCUCGUGCACCUCGACGCGGCCCUCAUGGCACACAACCCCAACGCCCGAGCCGCCGCGCUCUACGACAGCCUCCGGGCGCGCGCCUCCUACGCGGGCUUCCAGCUCGCCACCGCCGGGCCCCUCCCGCCGUUCCAGCAGGCCCAGGGCGACGCCGUGCUCUCAGCCUCCCUCUCCUCGGCGGCGGAGGCGUCCGCGGAGGAAGCAGCCGAUGGGCGGUCACCGGCGCUGCUGAGGCUGCGCAUAGAGGGGCGGCUCCGGUGGGAGGUGGCGGCCUGGGUGUCCGGUGAGCGUGCCCUCGCCGCCGAGUGCGUCGCCGUCGCGGCGCCGUCGCAGCUCAGGGCCGUCGUCGUGCAGGGCACCGAGUGCGCCGUCACCAUCGAAUGAAUAAUAAUUCUACAUACGUAUACAUAAUCCGCAUCAGUCAAUUGAAUUACUUUGUAAUUAACGUCUUUGUAAGUAGCUAUAGGAGAAGAUCGACGGGAUUAGCUUCUGCUUAAUUACAGGGCUAUUAUGUUCUUGUAUACUUACUCUACUUAGGAGAAGAUUGACGGCACAUGCAUGUAGUGGUUGCAUAUGUUCUAGCUGAGUAAUGCUACAUCCACGAAAACUUACAUUGGAAUUUUACGUAAUGGCUGAUAUGGAAGUAAUUAAUUGGACUAGCAUUAGUGGU